AUUUUUAGGUUAGAUUGUUCAGAUUACAAAACAAAAAUUAUUAUUAAAUGAGAUGUUAAAAUUGUUGACAACGGUUCGCAAGAUGAGUACAGGUAACAAAAUAGCCACUUCAAUUCAGAAUAAACUAGAAAAGCAGCUAGAAACCGUUCAUUUACAAGUAAUCAACGAAUCGUACAUGCACAACGUUCCCAAAGGAGCCGAAACCCAUUUUAAAGUAUUGGUGGUCUCUGAAAAGUUCAAAGAUCUUCCCUUGAUCAAGAGACACAGGGCAGUAACCAGUGUUUUAAAGGAAGAGUUGAAUGGAGGAGUACAUGCAUUGUCUAUUGAAGCUAGAACGCCGGAAGAAUGGGAUAAGAGUAAAAAGGUUGUAGAACCCAGCCCUAGGUGCCUAGGAGGUUUUGGCAAAUAAAAUUGGUAUAUUUUUAUUUAUUAAAGAGUAAAUUGGUAUAAAUAUGUUAUUUUGUUCAUUUGUAAAUAAAGUUUUUUAAUAUC